AUGCUCGCGACCGUCGAGCCAGCCAAAGGCUCCGAACUGGGGACUGUGACGGAUGCUCCAGCUCACACUCUCAAUAAGGACCUGAAGCCUCGCCAUAUGCAAAUGAUCGCGAUUGGUGGCGUCAUCGGAACUGGACUGUUUCUGGGAACGGGAGGUAAUCUGGCCAAUGGUGGGCCUGCAGGGCUUUUAAUCGCGUACUGUCUCAUGGCCUCGCUACUGUUCUCUGUCAUGGUUGCUCUGGGCGAGAUGGUAUCCAAAUUUCCCAUCCCUGGAGGUCAGUUCGCGCUAGCGGGCCGGUUUGUUGCGCCUGAGCUGGGGUUCGCGAUGGGCUGGCUGUAUUGGUAUAACUACAUCAUCGUCCUUCCGGCCGAAAUAUCUGCAGCCGCCGUCAUUAUCUCGUACUGGACACCUGCCGGCGAUCCGGAUUCGACCUGCACGACAGGAAUCUGCAACAAUGCCAUGUGGGUUGGGUUAAUGCUUAUCGUGGUCUGGGCCAUCAACUUCGCCGGAACGCGUGUCUUUGGUGAACUCGAGUUUUGGUUUGCAUCCAUCAAAGUCAUAACUAUACUGGGGUUGAUCAUUGCUGGCAUCGUGAUCACUUCAGGCGGCGGCCCCGACCAUCAGUCCAUUGGGUUUCGAUAUUGGCAUGAGACUGGCGGCUUUGUUCAAUAUGCCGGCAUAGGGCGUUUCUUGGGCUUCUUUAGCGUGUUGAUCAGUGCUGCGUUUGCGUUUAUUGGAACGGAGAUUACUGCCAUAGCAGCUGCGGAGACGGCAAAUCCCCAACGCUCAGUACCACGCGCGAUUAAAGGUGUUUGGAUUCGUCUUUGCCUGUUCUACAUCAUUAGCGCUUUCAUCAUUGGUUUGUUGGUGUCCCCUACAGACCCUUCAUUGAAUCUUUCCUCGACUGCAGCAAAAAGUCCAUUCGUCAUAGCAAUGAAGAAUGCCGGGAUCAGCGCCCUUCCAUCCGUGGUGAACGCUGCUCUCCUUACUAGUGCUUGGUCUGCUGGUGUGGCCGACCUUUUUGUGUCCUCGCGCACAUUGUACGGCCUGUUUUCCCGGGGGCAUGCUUUCCAGAUACUAGGAAAAACUCGAGGGGACGGUUUACCAUGGGUUGCUGUUCUCGUCGGAGUCGCCUUCUCCUUGCUCUCUUUCAUGGCAGCGAGUAAGGGGCAAGCUGGAACGGCGUUUGGCUAUUUUUCGAACAUGACUGCAAUCUGUGGCAUCAUUUCAUGGUCUGGGAUCUUGUGGACAAGCAUCCGUUGGCACAAGGGUUUAAAAGUUCACGGAAUCGAUCGCAAGUCUUUACCUUACCGAGCACCACUACAGCCGUAUCUGAGUUACUACGGUCUGACUGUCUGCGCCCUUGUCCUCGUUUUCGGCGGAUUCGGUGCCUUUAUCCAUGAAUUCGACACAUCUUCAUUCAUCACCACUUACUUUCCAAUUCCAUUCUUUGCGGUUCUGUUAUUCGGCUACAAGAUCGUCAAGAAGAGUAAGAUUGUCCGUUACGAAGACUUUGAUCUCGCCACAGGAUCGUCGGACAAUGUGAGCAAUCCAGUGAGUUCAACUUCCUUGGCGGAUCGAGCAAGUACUGAUACAGAUGCAUGGCAGCUCGAACAAGAGACAAUAUGGCGAAAGAUCAAGGACAGCGUCUGA